CUCCUCUCUACAUCUCCUAAUUGCGCUCCCCUUACACACCAUGGCAGAUUCAAAGCCGAAAUCAUCAUCAAUCCCUCAAUGGCAACAGCCUAACAACGCCUCCAACAAUGACUCCGACUCCGCCUCCGCCUUGUCCCCGACCUCCGAUGAGACUCCACGAUCAGAGCUCAUUGAGCAAGCAACCAAGUUCCUCGAGGAUGACUCCAUCCGUGACGCUCCCACCGAUCGCAAAGUGACAUUUUUACAAUCUAAGGGUCUCCGAGAGGACGAGAUCAACACCCUUCUCGGCAUAUCGCCAACUUCCAAGCCGAGCGAUACCACCGAGGAAGAGAAGGCCGCAUCCCCAGAGACCACUGCUUCCACCAGCACCGAUCCAGUACCUCCAAGCAAUGCCUCAGCAUCUUCAUCUCAGACUUCUUCAUCAUUACGCCCCACCGCAUCUGCACCACCUCCAGCACCAGCUAGCAAAGCCAACAACGCCCGCGACAUUGCCCCCAUAAUCACCUACCCCGAAUUCCUCUCCACGCCCACCAAGGAACCCCCGCUCGUAACCCUCCGCAGCAUUCUCUAUACCCUCUACGGCGCCGCGGGUCUCGGCGCAUCCUUCUACGGCGCGAGCGAAUAUCUCAUCAAACCCAUGCUGGCGAACCUAACAACCGCCCGGCAAGAGCUAGCCGAAACCGCCUCGACGAACCUCAAGAAGCUCAAUGAAAAGCUCGAGCAAAACGUCUCCGUCAUCCCAGCCAGUCUCCUCGACGCCAAAAAGCCCGAGAAGGACAGCGACUCCGACACCGAGUCCAUCACCUCUGACCCCACAGAGCUCUUCCACCGCGACGUCGCCACCCAGACAACAUCCUCCGACUUCGCCCCAACCUACUCCACCACCACAGCCAAAGACACAACCACUCCCGCAGAACCUAUCGCAGCAGUAGAUACCCACAUCAAACGCCUAGAAGUGAUCAAUUCCCACCUCCGCGAGUUCUCCGACACGGAGAAAGAAUCCAGCACGCUGGAUAGUACAAUGCGCACACGACUGAACGAACUACACCACUACCUAGACGGCUUAAUCUACAGUAAACCUGGAUUCAGUCCACUGUCCGGAUACGGGAUGUACAGCACCCCCGGGAUGGAUUCAGGCAGUGGCACCGCAACCGGCGUGGGGAAGGCCGAGGAGGAUGCAAUCGCAAGCUUCAGAGCAGAGAUAAGGGGUGUGAAGGGUGCCUUGCUAAGUGCGAGGAACUUCCCCGCUGGUCGUGGGGGAAGAGUCGGCGGCGUAGCGGGUCGGUAGAGACAAGCUCCUGUAUAUAUAUAUUCCUCGAUAGCCUCAUGCGGUCCUAAGACCGCUUUUGGAAAUUUUGGUAUGAUAAUUGAUGCAUUCACGGU